CUAGCUACCGGUGGUGUUUGACCAGCGGCAAUCAUCAUUUGGAAAGGCCGCGUCUAGUAAUCUCAAAUCGUUUGAAAUCCCAUUAACCCAUUCUUGUCAAGAAGGCUUACAGCGACCCAAAGUCAGAAGCAGCGUCUCUCGCAAUAAAACCGUCCGGAAGGUGGAGAGCAGAACACCAAGUCACACGAGCACACGAUGAGCCACGCAGAACACGGUGAAGUGUGCGACGACAGUCCGUUAUUGGAACUGAACCCAGUCGAGUUUGCGCCGUUCAAAAACGUCAACGAAUUUCUGAUUGGGUUUUGUCGGCCUCGGCAAAGUCUCAGCUCUGUUCCGGAUGGGAACACACAGAUUCUUGUAGACGACAGCGCUUCACAAUCGUCGUCUUAUAAAAUAAGUCCCUCAUCCAGAGGGUUGGAAGCUGUUAUCAACGUACACCCAUACACAAACUUGAAAAGAGCACUACAUUACGGCUUCUGCGAUCCCACAGAGCUUGUCGGAGACGAAAGGAAAUCCGCAACGAAUAGAAGUAUUAAUUCCGGCGUCACCACGCAGACCAUUGAUAGCGGGGAUAUAAGUUCCAUUACCGCAGUUCCAGACGAGCAGGAAGAUGACGAAGACGAACAGAGUGGUAUCAUUUUUACACAUCCGGGCACUGGACGUGCCAUUCGUGUAUAUAAGGCAUUGGAAGUUUUUGUACUGACCAUUGCGGUGCUCAUUUUCGCUUUUCGUACGCUUCGCAAAUUAAACGUUCCGAUAGGCUUCGAAUUGAAAACAAGGAUUGAUGAAGACGAGCCUUCAUUUUACUUUUCGUUUUCCUGAAUUCCUUAGUUCAAUCUUGGCGAAUUUUAGGCUA